AUGAAAACCUCCAUUAUGAACCUCCCCGAGGAAAUCCUCGAAGAAAUCCUUACAUAUGCUGCUUUUGACUGCCACGGUGACUGCUGCGAUAAACAAUACGACCGGGUCUGUUACAAUCAAUACCGUGGAAUUGUUCAGACGUGCAAAAAGUUUCGCAGAAUAGGCGGAAACAUCUACUGGAAACAGCUUAAUGUUCCUUCGAUUUCAAAUGAUAACUCUUUGGUACCACGAAGAGUGACCAAAACAUGUAUUCCUCAUGAUAUUGAAAAUUAUGUGACAGAACUCAACAUUGGGUCCACACACUCGGUAGUCUCACGCAUUGACGGCUCGCGAGACGAACAACAGCACGUCGAAUGGUGGGGUGUAUUGCUCAACUGGGACGUGCUCCCCCGUUUACGCAAAAUUACAAUCAACGGGACUGUGGCAGCUUCGCGUGUCAACUCAGGGCUGGCCAAGUCACCCUGCCACACUCUGAAUGACCCGGAGGCUCUCGAACAACUUGCCUGGUUUGCAGAGUCCACACCUGCGGGUCGCCAGCCACCAGAGAUGCAUAUUUAUGGUGUUGAUGAAACAGUUGUCAUGGCCAUGAGCAAUUAUCCAGCACUUCAAAAAUGUAUUCGCACGUUGUGGUUCCAUGACCAGCUUGAUGAUACGGGAUCGUCGAUUAAACGUACGCUGCCAGAUUUUGGCCGUGCUUUAGCUGGAAUGACGCAACUACGAGACUUGUCCAUCUCGGUGGGUGCCCCGGCGGUUGCCAACUUUACCCACUUUCUGCAGGUCCUGGGGAAGUUCCCGUACCUGAAGAAGCUCCACCUUUCUUAUGGCACGCGACCAGUUAUGGAUGAUAGCCCGCUGGCAUUGGGUGUUCAUAAUUUUCGUCCUAUAGUCCCGCCAUCUUUGGAAGUUUUGGACUGUCCUUAUAGCUUUUUGGAGCUACUUAAUUUAUUGGAACCUUUUACUGAUCGUACAUUCCAGGAGAUUCAUGACCUGACGCUGCAUGUGGAUCGCAGACGGGUUACUUUAGAUUUGCCAUUUUACAGCCUUGAAGCUUUCCAAGUAUAUAUGCAAAAUUGCGACAAUGUGCGGUCAUAUACGGUUGAAGGGUUGCUUGAUAUGGUUGCUCAUAAUGCGCGCACACUAAAACGCCUUGCGGUGGCCAAAAUGGAUUUCACUGAUGUCAUGGACCUGCCGCACGUCAACCCAAACCUUGAAGAACUCCACAUUGGCAUUCUCAUUACUGGCAACCUUCCGGUUUGGACUCCAGUGCUUGACUACUUGCAAGACUUAAAGAAGCUUAAGCACCUUACACUUAAUGUCAACUCCAUUCGUCAGUUAUCUACUCGUAUGUUUGGCACGCUGUUAACACGGAGUCCUAUUUCUGAAGAUAGUUAUGAGCCUAGCACUCAACUUCAAACAGUCACUAUUAAGUUUAACCGCACAGAAUCCAUUUCUAAGCUGCCUAGUAUUGUUGCUUCUGUGAAUGGUACCAAGAGCUAUAACCUAACAAGCCAUGCAUCUUUUCAUAAGGCUCGCUAUAUGAUGGAUGAGGUGCCAGGCGUUGAUAAUCAUCGGGUUCCGGAGUAUCUUUGGGAAGACGGGUCUAUUUGUGCGGCACAUGUUGUGUUUGAUGCCAGAGCCAUAUCGAUGGAUUUGUAUCCUGACUACUAUUCGGGCAAGUACAAGACUAGAAACCCGUAUAGUAAUACCAGCAGUGUUGCUAAUAGCGAUGAUGAAAUGUAUUAA